AUGAAGAAGUUCAGGAAGGUGCUGGACGGACUGACCACAUCGUCUCCUGCCAGUUCUGGUGGGUCUCCUUCAUGCGGCAGUGCUUCUGGGACUCCCACUGCAGGAGUCACUCUGCCAGUGCUGGACAUCCAGGAGACCCUCAUGGCCGAUAUUUGCAAGACUGUACGUCAUGGCUUUCCCUACCAACCUACAGCACUAGCAUUUGACCUUGUGCAGAAGAUUCUGGCUAUAGGUUCUCGUUCUGGAGGAGUGCGAAUUCUGGGGCGGCCAGGAGUGGACUGCUACUGUCAGCAUGAGAGUGGAGCAGCUGUACUGCAACUGCAAUUCCUCAUCAAUGAGGGAGGUGGUUAUACAGAUUAUCUGUGGGAAUACAGGGUUUCACAAAGAUAUUUUGGGGAUGGGGUUAAAUACCCCAUCAUAACAUCAACCAGGACACACCCAGGGCCUGUUGUCCACCUAAGUGACAGCCCGAAAGAUGAAGGGAAGUUACUGAUCGGCUUUGAAACUGGCACUAUUGUGAUGUGGGACCUCCGAUCAAAAAGAGCUGACUUUAGAAUUUACUACGAUGAGGCAAUACAUUCUGUGAGUUGGCAUCACGAAGGUCGGCAAUUCAUUUGCAGCCACUCUGAUGGAAGUCUUACUAUAUGGAACUUAAGAAACACAGCAAAACCCUUUCAAGUCACCUUUCCUCAUGGUAAAUCUCAGAGAGAUGGAAGAAAAGAAUCAUGUAAGCCAAUCCUUAAGGCUGAAUACAAGACUUGCAAAAACAGUGAGCCCUUCGUCAUUUUUUCGGGAGGUCUAUCGUAUGAUAAAGGAGGCAGACGACAUGCUUUGACCAUCAUGCAUGGCAAAACCAUCACAGUGCUAGAGAUGGACCAUCCCAUAGUGGAGUUUCUUGUUCUUUGUGAGACACCCUACUUAAAUGAGGUGCAGGAGCCAUAUGCAGUGGUAGUACUGUUGGAAAAAGAUUUAAUUGUGGUUGAUCUCACACAGAGCAAUUUUCCCAUCUUUGAAAAUCCCUACCCUAUGGACAUUCAUGAGUCUCCAGUCACAUGCACGGCUUACUUUGCUGACUGUCCUUCUGACAUCAUUCCUGUGCUGUACUCCAUAGGAGCCAAACACAGAAAGACUGGAUACAGCAACAAGGAGUGGCCUGUGAGUGGUGGCACGUGGACGCUUGGUUCCCAAACAUAUCCAGAGAUUAUUAUCACAGGGCAUGCAGACGGAUCAAUCAAGUUUUGGGAUGCCACAGCCAUCACACUUCAGAUGCUUUACAAACUAAAGACAUCAAAGGUGUUUAAGAAGACAAAGGGUGGUGAGCUAGACUGCAGUGCUGAUUUGGUGGAAGAGGAUCCCUAUGCAGUGCAGAUGGUCAGCUGGUGCCUGCAGAGCCGCAUUCUCUGUGUGGUGGGCAUUAGCGCUCAUGUAAUUCUAUACCGCUUUAGCAAGCACGAUGCCAACACCACGAUAACGGCUUUGGAGGUGAGCCUGCCAUGUGAUCUGAAAGAUAUGAUCUCACCAUCAGACACGGAGAACACAAUGGGUGUACCAUAUGUUGGCGCUCACUCGCCCCAGCCUCCUAGUCCCCAAAGUAACACUCCAGAUAGCAUGAGGGACGGCAAACCCUGCCUCAAGGUAAAAGACCAUGUGGUCUGGAUUCCUUCUGGUUACCAAGCUGAGCUUGUUGUCCAGUUGCUUUGGGUAGAUGGAGAGCCACCUCCUCAAAUCACAAGUCUGGAUUUAAACUCAGCCUACGGCCUGUUGGCUCUAGGUAACUGUAAUGGUUUGGCAGUGGUGGACUACUUGCAGAAGACUGUGAUAGUUUGCAUGAGCACUCAGGAACUGUAUAGUUCAGUUGACCCAUUUCAGCGUCUCACAAGGUCUCCCCGCAGAAACCGUCAGUCCACAUCAGAUUUUUGCUUGUGUAACCUGUCUAACUUUUAUUCAGAUUUAAAGAAACUGAUCCUUACCUCCCACUAAACCUUUACUGAGCUCUCAAAUAACCAGGAAUCUCUGGACCUGGAGAGGAGCAAGUCACCCACCUCAGUGUCCUACAGUUCCUCCCUACACAAUGAGCCUCGGGGCUCACCUGAACCCAUGUGUAACCUUCGUGCCAGCCAUUACAGUCCUGUCUUUUACCUGUUGGACAAUGUAAAGGGACCAGGCAGAAAAUUAAGUCUACCAACUGAUCUUAAGAGUGAUCUUGAUUAUGUAAAUGGACAUUGCACUAGUCCGACUUCGCAACCAUGUGUGACCGGGAGACCUCGUGGUCCAGGGGGCCCUGAGGGGCCACGUCUCACCCGUCGUGGGCCUGGACGACCACCAUUACGCAAAGCCCAGUCAGCCGCAUGCAUGGAAGUCUCUUUGCCUGUGUCCUCUCUCACCGAAGGUUUUCCAUCAAAACGGGCCAUGCUGCAGCAGCUGCAUGGUGUCAGCAUGUACUCACAUGACGAGCACCACACCACCACCUACUCCUGGAGUGAGAGAGAGAGUCGGGAAAACUCAUUCAGCUGCUCACGGAGUUCAAGCGUCUCUAGUAUAGACCGGGACACCAAAAUGGCUGUUACCACACUGCAGUUUAUGUCCUACGGCCGCAAGUCAGAUGCACAGCCCACACUCUGUCUGUGGGUAGGAACUAGUUUGGGACUUGUACUGCUAGUGCCCCUAUUGAUCGCCACUGAUGAGCAGGACAGAAUGGAGGAGGCUGUCACCGUCACACCCACCAACACAGUCAUAAUGCUGAAAGGUUCUAUCCGGUGUUUUGGAUUUUUGGACUGUACCGGUGCUCUAAUCCAGAGCCCAUAUGAGGUGUGGAAGGAUCCACGUGAUCCUGAGGACCCUGAACAGCCCCGCAGAAGAAAGCUGGUCAUCUUCUCGCCAUGCUCAUCUCAGGAUGCCAGCACUGAGGGCCACCUAGCUGUUGUGUGCUCAGAGCGCCAGGCCAAAGUUUAUCUCAUGUCCUCACACGCCUGCCUUUAUGUUCAUAACAUCACUGAGACAUCAUUUGUGCUGUGUGCUGAAGUAGUAGCUGUUUCCAACAGCGUCUGCCUGACCUGCUUCUGCGCCAAUGGACAUGUCAUGAUUCUCAGCCUCCCAAGUUUACGGCCCCUGUUGGAUGUGCACUACCUGCCGCUAGCAGACAUGCGCAUUGCUAGAACAUUCUGCUUCACCAAUGGUGGUCAGGCCCUUUACUUGAGCUCUCCAACCGAAAUACAGCGCAUUACUUUCAGCCAGGAGAUGUCUGAUCAUUUGCAGGAGAUGUUGGGGGAGCUUUUCACACCCAUUGCGACUCCAGAAUCUCAGAACCAAGGCUUUCUGAAGGGUUUUUUUGGUAGCAAUGCACAACCCUUUGACAGAGAAGAGUUUUUUGGUGAGGCAGCAGCAGGAAAGGCUUCACAAAGUCUAGCCCAGCACAUCCCAGGCCAGGGCAGCAUUGAGGGCAUGCGGGCAGCUGCUGGAGGAGCUGUGGGUGAACUUGCCCGAGCUCGCAUUGCCCUGGAUGAGAGAGGACAGAGACUAGGAGAGCUGGAAGAGAGGACGGCACUUAUGAUGGCCAGUGCUGAAACUUUCUCGAAACAUGCACACGAGCUGAUGCUGAAAUGCAAAGACAAGAAGUGGUAUCAGUUUUAG